GUUGAACAAAUUGCUUCUCAUGUUUCCUAGGAAAUACCAGUUUAUCACACACGCUUUACAAAAGUUGGAUGAACACUUUUUUCCAAGGCUUAAUCAUUUGCACACAACUAGGAAAUAUUGCAGAUCGUUAUUUCAUAUCUGGUAAAUAAAACGAGAUUGUCUACUUGGACAAUGAGAGACGUUCAAACAUUGACCGGAAAGGUUGCCAUUGUUACUGGAGGAACUCGAGGUAUUGGUCUGUACACAGCGAUGGGGUUGGCGACCGUUGGGGCGGAAGUUAUCAUUCUUGGAAGCAAUCCUGAACAGGGGGGAAAUGCUGUGUCAUUUAUAAAGAAGAGAGUUCCACGUGCAAACAUUUCUUUCACUAAGGUGGAUUUUGGAAGUCUGCAGGGAAUUGCGGAUUUUGCAAGGGCCUUUAAUGAGAAAGGAGUUGGGCUGGAUAUUUUAGUUAACAAUGCUGGAAUUUACGCCCGUGAAAAGUUGUGGAAGACUGUGGAUGGUUUUGAAUCGACAUUUGGGAUCAAUUAUUUAGCCCCAUUUUCCUUGACGGCGCAACUGCUUCCAUCACUUCGAAAAGCCAACGCACCUCGAGUUGUCAAUGUCUCCAGCCUAGCCGCCUAUUAUGCGAAAAUUCACUUCGACGAUAUUCAAUAUGAAAGAGCCAAGUGGUAUCUGUUCAGCCAGGUUUAUUCUCAAUCCAAGUUAGCGAUCCUGGCAUUUACUGAGGAAUUGCAACGGAGAAGCGAUGCCAAAGGGUGGGGCUUGACUGCGUUGUCAGUAAUGCCUGGAUUGGUUCGAACUCGUUUACUUGAAAAAGAAAUUGAUCGCUACAGUACUCUCGGACAAAUUUUCAAGUCCUUUAUCCUACCCUGCAUUUCUAAUAGUGCGAAGGAGGGGGCAAAGUAUUCGUUGUUUGCGGCAACAUCCCCAGAUAUCACCCCAGGGGCAUUGUAUGGUCCUCCGUAUUCGUAUGUUGCAUACCGUGGUCCAAUCAGAAAAAUUUGGAUUCCCCGCUUGGCAACAGAUCCUAAAGUUGGAGGAAAGUUAUGGGAAAUUUCUGAGAAGUUGACAAAAGUUCGAUGGGGAUGAAAGUAUUUAAAUAAGUUAGAGAAAUACAGCUCA